CGACAAGCGGUUGCAAGGACAAAGAAGCCAGGUAUAAACACUAGUAAAUUACCUGUCUCUGUCUUGCCUCUUGCUGGGAACUGAAGAAAAAAGUCAACCACACGUACUCUAACUGCGAGGAUUAUUAAGCCAAACGGUGGUGAGACUGAAGAGAAAGGAAGCAAAGGGAACAUAAAAUGGAAGGAAAAACAAAGGAGAAAUGUGAGAAGAGUGGGAUAAUCGAGAUGUGGGCAAAGAAACACCUACUAUACACAGGAGCUACUAGACAACCCUUUAUCCUCAGCAUUCGAGAUGGGUCCGUCGAUCUUUCCUCUUUCAAAAGAUGGCUGGGACAGGAUUAUGUAUUUGUUAGAGAGUUUGUACCAUUUGUGGCAAGUGUAUUGAUUAAAGCUUCUAAGAAAUCAGAUGAUGGUAAUGACAUGGAAGUUAUACUAGGUGGUUUGGCUUCUUUAAAUGAUGAGAUUGCUUGGUUCAAGUCAGAGGCCUCCAAGUGGGAUGUUCCUCUUUCUAACACUGUUGUCCAUAAGGCAAACCAGAAUUACCGCAGAUUUCUCGAGAAUUUGAUGUUACCAGAAGUUGAUUAUGCCGUGGCCAUUACAGCCUUUUGGGCCAUUGAAGCUGUAUACCAGGAGAGCUUUGCACACUGCUUGGAAGAUGGCAGCAAAACUCCAUCAGAAUUACAGGACACUUGCCAAAGAUGGGGCAAUGAAGGUUUUGGUGAAUAUUGCCGUUCUUUACAGAAAAUUGCCAAUCGGUGUCUUGAGAAGGCUUCAAGUGACGUGCUUACAAAAGCUGAAGUAACUUUCUUGCGUGUUCUUGAACAUGAAGUUGAGUUUUGGAACAUGAGCCAUGGUUGUGCCUGAAAGAGUUGCCUUCAAAACCUGACAUAAUGGCGUUCCUAAUGCAAAAAUAGAUUUUACUUCAGGCUAGUUCCUAGGGUUUUCUCUGAGCAUUGUAAGUGAAGUUGAAAUGUAAAGGACAUACAAGUAAUAGUCUAUAUAAUCCGUUAAAUUUCGUUUUGCUAA